AUGAGUGAGUCUAUAGUUAGCAAUAGUGUAUUUUGUGUGAAUAUCACUGGACAGGUAGAGAGUGCCUAUUUUCACUCAUUUGAUAACAUUUAUUGUAAAUAUUGUUUCAAAUAUGGCAAUGACUGGUCAGUUGUGUCCGGUUUAGAGGAUGGCAUGUCUCAGAUCACCAGAAAAUGUAAUGACAAACAACUUUUUGUAUGGAAUUUUCCUCUGGAAAUAUCAUUCAAAUCAAGUAAUCCUUACGGUUGGCCGCAAUUGGUUUUAAGUGUCUACGGUUUUGACUAUUUUGGUAAUGAUGUGGUUCGAGGAUACGGUGCAACCCAUAUCCCUCCAAUACCAGGUGUCCAUAAAAAACAAGUGCCACUGUUUGUUCCUCAGUCGUCAUCACUUAUGCAAAGCUGGAUGAGUUGGUUCAGUGGCCGUAAACCAGAAUUCAUUGACCCGAAAGUUGUGGCACAAAGUGAGGGCCGGGAAGUCAUUAGAGUCACUUCCAAUGGUUACGCAAAUGUUGCCUUUAAUAUCAUUCUUAAAGAUUUUCAAAAAUAUGGAUUUAAUGUUUAAUAAAUUAUUUUUAUUUUAUAACAUCAUAUUUGUAAUAUGCAAUCACAUUACGGUAUAUACAGAUGAGAGUUUACAUUC